AUGUCAUUCAUGAUCCUCCAAACCCCCGAUCCACGCACCCUCCGCGAAGCGCUCCCGGACUUCAGUCGAGCCACCCAUGUCUUCCUCCCCAUCAACGAUUGUCGCAAUGUCUCCCAAGCAGAAGGAGGCACGCAUUGGUCCCUCUUGUUGAUCUCGGUCGUCGACCGCAUCGCAUUCCACUAUGACUCGCUAUACCAAGGAAACGUCUGGGAGGCAGACACGGUGACUCGCAAAUUUGGAUAUCUCCUAAACAUGCCCAUUAGGUUCUUGCAUCUAAACGACUCGCCCCAGCAAGACGGCGGCAGCGACUGCGGUGUAUACGUGUGUAUGAACAUGCGGCAUCUUCUGAUGAAGCGGUUGCUGAUGGCGAGCGCACAUGAGAAGGUGAGUAUGAGUCUCGGAGGGCGGAAAGUCGACGCCAAUGCGUCUCGCAAGGAGAUGGCCAAGAUCAUCGAAGGAUUCCGAAAAGAAGGCGAGCGCCGACGAUCGUAUGUCACCCUUGAUCAACUUAGCUGCACAGUGCAGUAG